GCUGAUUUCUCAUCUGAGGACCUGAGAAAGGAGCUGUCAAGUCUGACAAAGAGUCUGGAGAAGAUCAGCCAGUGGGACAUCAUGACAAGGCCUCCAUCAGCUCAUGAAGCUCCAGUUUUCGCCCUCCAGCCUCCUGAACCUCAGAGCAGAGACGACUUUUUAAAAUACUUCUGUCCCCUCACAAUGGACAUUAACACGGCACACAGAGACCUCUGUCUGUCUGAAGGGAACAAGAAGGUGACACGUGAGGGGACAGUGACUGAAUAUCCUGAUCAUCCUGACAGAUUUGACUGGUUUUGUCAAGUUCUGUGCGGAGAGGCUCUGACUGGGACUCGCUGUUACUGGGAGGUGGAGUGCAGUGGAGACAUCAUGAGGAUUGGAGUCGCAUAUAAAGGACUGAGCAGGAAAGCAGAGGAUAAGAAGUGUGUCCUUGGAAACAACAAGAAGUCCUGGUGUUUGCGGUGGUCUCGUUCCCAGUACUCUGUGCAUCACAAUAACAAGAAGAUUGUAAUCGGUGCCCCCUACAGCCCCAGAAUAGGUGUGUAUCUGGACUGGCCUGCUGGCUCUCUGUCAUUUUAUCGCGUCUCACACACAAUGACCCUCCUGCACAGGUUCAACACCUCCUUCAUUGAGCCCCUCUGUCCAGGGUUUUGGCUUAACAAUAAUUCCAGUGUAACCAUCAGCCAUCUGACACCAUGUGACUACUUACCAGUACCCUGAACCGGUCACUUGAUGUCCCUACAAGCUCAGGUGUCUUUGUGUUUGGAGUUUGGAGUCAAAAUUAAAUUUUCCACUAUAGGUGGGGGGGCAGCACCUCUGUGAGUGAAUUGGUGGAUGAGAAUGCGGGGCGAGGCGGCUGUCAGGGUCUCCAUUAUUAUUGGGUCUGAGUAGCCAAUCAGGUGUGUGUGUCAUAGUGAGGGGC